AUGGCGGCGGCGGCAGCAGCGGGCGGCGCGGCCCAGGAGCUGGAGGCAGAGCCACCGCGGCGCGGCCCGGAGGAGGGCGAGGAAACGGCGGAGCUGGCGGCGGAGCUGGCGGCGCGGCGCAGCGCGGAGACGCGGCGGUUGGUGCUGUCGCCGCGGCGGCUGUCAGGCCCUUUGCCCGCGGGGCUGUCGCAGUGGUUCCCGGCUCUAGAGGUGCUGGACGUGAGCGGGACGGGGCUGGCGGAGCUGGGUGCGGAGUUGCUGGCCUUACCACAUCUCCACACGCUUCUAGCUAAGAAUAACCGGCUCGGCGGGCCCGGUUCGCUGCCCAAGGGUCUGGGGCAGGCCGCGCUCGGCCGCUCCCUACGCGUCCUCAACCUCAGCGGGAACCGCUUCCUCGAGAUGCCACCCUCCCUCUUUGGGCUACAUGGGCUGCGGAGCCUCAGCCUCGGUGGAAACCGCCUCCACAGCAUCCCGCCCGACAUCCAGGAGCUCUGCAGUUUAGAGUUUCUAUACCUUGGAGGGAAUUUCAUUACUUCAAUUCCACCUGAAUUAGCAAACCUACCUUCUCUUAGCUAUCUAGUUCUGUGUGACAACAAGAUCCAGAGCAUUCCACCUCAGCUGGCACAGCUGCAUUCCCUGCGUUCCCUUAGCCUGCACAAUAACCUGCUGACUUACCUUCCUCGAGAGAUCCUUAACCUGGUUCAUCUAGAAGAGCUGAGCUUACGUGGGAACCCACUGGUGGUUCGUUUUGUCCGUGACCUGACAUACAACCCCCCAAGCCUGCUGGAACUGGCUGGGCGCACGAUUAAAACUCGCAAUGUUGCCUACGCUCCCAGCGAUCUCCCAGAGAAUCUUGUCCGGUACCUGAGCUUGGCCAGCAACUGUCCCAAUCCUAAAUGUGGGGGUGUCUACUUCGACAGCUGCGUCAGGCAAAUCAAGUUUGUUGACUUCUGUGGGAAGUAUCGCCUCCCGCUCAUGCACUACCUGUGCUCCCCAGAGUGCUCCUCUCCCUGCAGCUCUGCCUCCCAGAGCUCCACUUCCCAGAGUGAGUCUGACUCUGAGGAUGAAGCCAGCGUUGCUGCUCGCAGGAUGCAGAAAGUCCUCCUGGGAUAACAGGGGAGGAUGGGAAAGAAAACUUAUCUGUAAAGCAAUAAUGGAACAGUGAAGCAUGAAGGGUUCACAAGAAACUGUCCUAAAUUCCACAAAAGGGGCAGAACAUCUUAGCAAAUGUAGACUUGCUUGGUGCAGUGCUACUUGGGAGAACUAACUUGGUAGCAUCCUGCCCUGUAGCGUGUCUAGACUUGUUAGAAACAACUGCCCAGGUUGUUAGGAACUCCUGCUCAGGAGGCUUCUUUCUGCCUUUGUAAAGGGUGGGGAGAAUUUGUUCUCACUGAGAUGGGUUUAAAUAUAUCUGACACUUCACUGGGCUUCAGUUACUCUGCAGAGCAAAAGGAGGCUGUCCAGGUCUGUUAACACUAUGGCAAAUCUAGAACAGGCUAAGGAUGCCACGGGAGCGUGUGUGGAGCCCAGUGUUUAUAAUAUAGCCUUUUGAUUUUUUUUUGCUAUUUCUGAUUUCAGUUACAGAUUUUUACAUCCAUCUACUAAAAAGAAAAAAGAGAGAGCUAAGGUUUGUUGGGUGUUUUUUUCUUUUCUAUUCAGGAGUAAAUUUUUUCCAAAGUUCCUCUGCCUAGAGGUUGCUGUGGUGUUACAGGUGUUGCAGCCACUGUAGAACUGAGCCAUGGGUUUUUUUUUCCUCCCUUGUUAUACCAAGCUGCUCUUAGUGUUUCUUAUUGUUUGCUAUAUUAACUCCCUUUUCCCAUUACAAGAAGCUUUUCUGUCUUUAUGGUGCCUUCAGAAAACAAGUUAGUCUACUGAGAUUAGGUAUUGCUUCAAAUUUGUGGCCAGUGCAAAGGAGCAGAUCAUAGAAUCAACCAGGUUGGAAGAGACCUCCAAGAUCAUCCAGUCCAACCUAUCACCCAGCCCUGUCCAAUCAACUAGACCAUGGGAGUGCUCUGUGUUAUGUGGGUUUUUGUGAAUCUCAGAUUAUUGGAGCAAAUCUGCUUUUAUAUCUCUCUGAAUUGCAGGAAAGGUCUCGGUUGACAUUUCUUGUUUCUAAAUGACCAUGCCCCCUGCUGCAGCUAGCUCUGUUGUGCUGGAUACAGAGCUACUUUCUGUCUUUUAAGGUCAUUUUACUCAAAGUAGGCAGUAGCUUAAUGAAUUAGAAGUAGUGAGAGAAAUGUCAUGGAGAAUGAGGUUGGCUGGGUUUUUUUCUCUCAUUUGUUGCAUUGAGAGGAAAAGCUGGUAGGAAGGCUGAGGCACAUUGAGCAUCUUGCAUGAGGUCAUUUUGAAACCUCUUCCUUAUUUAUUUGUUUGCACUUGCUCUUGGUAUAAUAGCCUUGGCAGCCUGUUGGUUUGUUCAAAUAACACAUUCAUAGAAUCGGUCAAGGUUGGAAGGGACCACAAGGAUCAUCCAGUUCCAACCCCCCUGCCAUGCCCAGGGACACCCUACCCUAGAGCAGGCUGACCACAACCUCAUCCAGAUUGGCCUUAAACACCUCCAGGCACGGGGCCUCAACCACCUCCCUGGGCAACCCAUUCCAGGCUCUUGCCACUCUCAUGCUCAGCAACUUCCUCCUCACAUCCAGUCUGAACCUACCCAUCUCCAGAUUUGCUCCAUUCCCCCUAGUCCUGUCACUCCCUGAUAUCCUGCAAAGUCCUUCCCCAGCUUUUUUAUAGGCCCCUUUCAGAUACUGGAGGGCCACAAGAGGGUCACCUGGGAGCCUCCUCUUCUCCAGACUGAACAGCCCCAACUCUUUCAGUCUUUCCUCAUGGCAGAGCUGCUCCAGCCCUCUGAGCAUCCUCGUGUCCCUUCUCUGGACACGCACCAGCAUCUCCACAUCCUUCUUGUAAUGGGGGCUCCAGAACUGGAUGCAGUACUGCAAGUGGGGUCUCAGCAGAGUGGAGUAGAGGAGGAGAAUCACCUCCCUCACCCUGCUGGCCACACUUCUCCUGAUGCAGUCCCAGGAUCUGGUUGGCCCUUCGUGCUGCAAGUGCACACUGCUGGCUCCUGUUGACAUUCAGUCAUCUUGAACUGUGUUUAAAGGAAAGCUGCAGAAAAUAGCUCAGAAUUUUAAAGACUAAAUUGCUUAUGAAAAUUAGUAUUAGAGUUUGACGGGUAUCUAUAAGUCUUUAUGGGGCUGUUGUGUGUUUUACUCGGUGAGAGCUACCCCUUUGUUAAUAUUUCAUGGCAGACAGUCCUUUUGAUGCAAUUUCAGAUAGAGAAAACCCAGCCGUGCCUUCAAACGCAUGAGCAGAGCAAAUUCAUUGUGCUAAGAAGCUUGAAUGAACAAGAAAAAACUGUUCUUAGCUCACUUUGGACCUGUGGGAGAAAAUAAAAGCCUGUGUUCCUCUCUCCUGCAUUCAGAAAAAUACACGUGCCUAGUUGAAAUCAUCUAGCACCUCUGUCCUUUUUAAUUAUAUUUGACACUUAUAUGUUAAAGCACUUUGAUAAUUCUACUCUUUGGAACUAGCUUUAGUGAUUUGGGUUUUUUUCUAAUUAGAAUAUGUGUUGUUUUUUCUUUAAUGUGACCUAAAGAACAUGGUCUGUGAAGUUUUGUAUCUCCCAGUCUGUUUCAGUGUGCAGGCUGAACUUGCCUUUCCUUGGCACCACUGUUCAUUUCCCUCCUUUCCUUCGGACUGAACUGGAAUUGGAGAAAAAAACCUAUUCUGUUUGUAAAAUAGCACCCUGUCUGUUGUUAAUCACAGAAGAUUCCACACGCACACAGAUUCACAAGGAACCAAAUGUGCUCUGUUCCCUUCCAAAUAUGUAUGUGUAUAUUUAAUGUAUAUUUUAAAAGGAACCAAGAUAUGCAAAAGCAACAGGAUGUCACUUUAGGAAACUCUGGGAGGUUUGCCUGGGAAGAAGAGCCUACAGAUUUUCAUAGAAUCAGCCAGGUUGGAAGAGACCUCCAAGAUCAGCCACUCCAACCUAGCAUCCAGCCCUAGCCAGUCAACUAGACCAUGGCACUAAGUGUCUCAGCCAGGCUUUUCUUGAACAUUUUGAGAGAAAGUGACUACAUGCUGUUAAAUCAAGAUCAGUGAGUGGCCUGUAGUUGGUUCUUCAUCUCCUCUUUCAGAUGCUAUUUCCUGUCCCAAGUGAACAUUGUCAUGCUGCUGCAGAGUAUGUUGGCUGCAGAGUCACAGUUGUAAAUUGGCUGUUAGUAUAAUGACAGUGAGCAAUUAAAUGCUGUAGACCUUGACUCUUCUGCUAGUGAAAGUGAGCCACACAAAGUGAGAUCCCAAGAUCUUUUGAGCUCAGGGCCAUGAGGUACCUUUCACCUUCCUUUCUUCCCUUCAGCAGCAACUGUCUUGAAGUCAUAAAUCUUUUCACAUCACUGAAGUUGGGUUUUGCUACAGUUUUCUGUCUGCAUAGGACACCUCUGUGUGUUGUAGGUAAAGACCAGUGGUGGCUGGUUCUAAUUCAGUAUGAUCUUUAAGUUCCUUCUUGAGCAGACAUCCCAUUUCUGCCCCAAUUCUGAUAGGGCUAAUAGGCUAAUCUUUUUUCACAGUUUGUUCACUGUAGUCAGGCCAAAAUUUGACAGCUUGUGCAGUUAACAUCUCUGCAUUUUUACACUUGAUAAAAUGUCUCACCUCUUAACUCCUGAAUAUAGCUACCAAGUUUUCUUUUUGCUGCUGGGCUUUAAAGUGUAAUUCAAUUAACUCAGAAUUUAAACCAAUCAAGGACUUCUAAGAAAAAGAGAUGGAUGGUUGGUUAGGUUUGGGUUUUUUUUUCCUUGGAGGUGGAUUUGAGAGGACUAGGGAUGCAGUUUUGUAUGGUAGUGUCUAACAGGAAUCAAGUUUUGCAGCAGUUGUUCCCCAACAAGAGUGGAGGGAAGUACUGGGCAAUGAAAUGGGUAAGACAUAACCUUAAUACACUGGUGGAUGGCAGAGACUGAUUCCUGCUCCCCCUUCCUUAGGGGCCUUGAGAAGUGCUGGUUUUGCCAGCAUUAUCACUUGUUUUGUCAGUUUUAACUAGCUUGCUUCAGUUCUUACACAUGUGUCUCCACAGUGGGUCAGUGUUUUGAUAUCGGUCCCCUUGUUGCUACAGCAGCCCAGCAAGUCCAGCGUUUGAAAUUUCUUAAAGCCAAGACACAAGUGUGUGAAGCAAAAUUGCUUAUUGCCUCUUCCCCACGGUGCCAGGGGCCCUGCCUGCAUUCAUCUUCUGCCCAGCCAUCUCUCUGCCAAGGAGAGCUGCUGGUGCCUUUCUGAAUGCAAGUACUUCCUAUGAACAGUGGGGUCAUGUUAAAAAGAAGCAAAAUAUCAAUUUGACUGGAAGCAACACAGUUGCCAGUUCUUUAUGGUUCUCUUUCUUUAGUAAGAGGUGAGACUUGAGCAAGUCAGUAAUUAAUAUUUAAACAUACUCUGAAGUUGUUGGUUUGUUUUUUUUCAUGGGCUUCUGUCCUGGUCAUUUUAAGUCCGAAAUCUUGUGUUGAAUUGUAAUGGGAGGGGAGAAACAGCUCCUUUUUUUUGGUUCCUUACUCUGGUUGGUAAUAAUGGGUGGAAGAAAUUUAAUCCGAUGUAAGUAAUGAGACUUAAUCCCUGCAAUGUGUCUUUGUUACACAGUUCAAAGCACAGUUUUAAUGCAUCUUUAUUCACACCGUGCCCUCCCUCCCCAGCUGAAGACACUUCAAGCAGACUGCUUCAGACUAUGCACUAAUACAGCAAUAACUCUUAUCUUGGAAACCUUUUUCUAUUGAUUAUUUCAUUUACCUGUCUGACUAGAGGAUUGAUCUUUUACUGAUCUGAACAUUUGAAAGCAGAGAGGGAUUCUCAUCCAGCUCCUCUCACUGAUUUUUUUGUUUUUUUACCAUGAACAUUUGUUUUUGGAAGUCUCAAAGUGCCUUAUGUUUUCAAAAUUGUAUUUUGCUACAACUGUAUGAAUAUCUCUAACAGUAUUUCAUGAUGAGCUGUAAAACAAAUUUCAAACACUAAACAAAAAUUCUAUUUCUGCA